AUAUAGUGAAUGCAGGGUCCGGGGUGAACGGAUAUAGUGAAUGCAGGGUCCCGGGGGGUGAACGGAUAUAGUGAAUGCAGGGUCGGGGAGACCGGAUAUAGUGAAUGCAGGGUCCGGGGAGAGCGGAUAUAGUGAAUGCAGGGUCCGGGGAGAGCGGAUAUAGUGAAUGCAGGAGCCGGGAGAGCGGAUAUAGUGAAUGCAGGGUCCGGGGAGAGCGGAUAUAGUGAAUGCAGGGUCCGGGGGAGAGCGGAUAUAGUGAAUGCAGGGUCCGGGGAGAGCGGAUAUAGUGAAUGCAGGGUCCGGGGAGAGCGGAUAUAGUGAAUGCAGGGUCCGGGGAGAGCGGAUAUAGUGAAUGCAGGGUCCGGGGAG